AUGCUCAUCAUCGGUCUCACUGGCUCUAUAGCCACGGGCAAAUCAACAGUCUCCUCCAUCCUCUCCUCCGCACCUUACUCCCUGCCCAUCAUCGACGCCGACAUCCUCGCCCGCAAGGUUGUCGAACCAGGCACGGCCGGCUACAAAGCAAUCGUCAACUACUUCGGUCCCAGCACACCUGACCUGCUCCUCGAUGACUCUUCAAAUACCCAGGGCAAAUCACUCAACCGGCCAGCGCUGGGCCGACGCGUCUUCGGCGACACCGAAGAACGCAAGCGCGAUCGCCAGGUGCUGAACGGAAUUAUCCACCCAGCCGUGCGAUGGGAGGUGUACAAAGCACUGAUCUACUAUUAUGUGCGCGGCCAAUGGGCUAUUGUCCUAGACGUUCCGCUGCUAUUCGAGAGCGGAAUGGACCUGAUCUGCGGGACGGUCAUCGUGGUGGGGGUGCGCGAUCCAGCAGUACAAAUGGCACGACUACGUGCGCGCGAUGCCCACCUCACAGCUGAGGAUGCAGAGAACAGAGUACGUAGUCAGGGUGAUAUUCGGACAAAGGCGGCACAGGCAGAGUUUCGAGGAACGACGACUUCACGCGGGGUGGUGGUGUGGAAUGAUGCGGAUAAAGCAGAGCUUGAACGUGCUGUGAAGGGGGCUAUGGCUACUAUCGAGGCUUCGAGUCCGCGCUGGUGGGCUUGGACGCUAUUGGCGGCGCCGCCGGUGGGCUUUGGGAUUGCUGCGUGGAAUCUGAUUGUCAACUUUGCGACUCAGAAGGGAUGGGAGAAGAAAAAGCAGGAGAAGGCGCGGUUAUGA